ACUCACUCCAACUACUUUCUUCUUCGCAAUUCUCAGUUCUCUUCUUAUUCCACCCACUAUUUCUUUCCACAAUCAACGAUGAAGUCGCUCUCGGUAUCACUGGCGAUACUCGUGCUAUCGCUGCCAUUUCAAAACCAUGUCGUCCAGGGUUCAAUCUUUAGCCGCAACCGCCACCAUGAUCUCCACGACCACCUCUCCAAUGCCUUGACAGCCCGCGAAAGCUCCUUCUGUGGGCCGCAUCACAUGCCUUGUCCCGCAGCAGAACCAUGCUGCAACAACGGCACCUGCCACACGACAUCGAUGGAGGCAUGUCCGAUUUCACUAGGAUGCGAUUCCAGACACUCGCACCCCGACGGCUGUUUCUCCUUGCCGGCCUGUCGCAACCUGAAGGAAAACUUCAAGGAUGUCAAAGCCUUGAUCCCCAAGUAUGACUUCAAGGGUGAUCCUGAGCAGGCGCAUUGGGUCUCGGAUUAUCACCAUAUUGCACACUAUGCCAAGAUUGACAAGCACCAGCACAAGCUGUUGCUUCGAGCUCGCAGGGAUGUGGUCCAAACUCAGAGUGGUGGAGGAUUUGGCGCGACCGUAUCCUCGACGCGCUGGAACAAGUACGGUACCUUCACCGCCAAGCUCAAAUCCGGAUCGACGGGUCCAGGUAUCGUCACGGCCUUCUUCCUCUCGAACCCGGCCUUGGGUGAGGAGAUCUCCUUUGAGCUGACAGGCAAGGAUCCCAAGAAGGUCGUCACCAACUACUUCCGCCGUGUCCCUGCUGCAGCCUCGAAUGCCGUCGGUGGCCACGCGCAUGUGAUCGCCAACGCUCAAUCCCAUCCGCUUGCACACUCCCAUCUCGAAUCGCAUGAAGAGACCCAUGGGCUCAAGGCCGACACUACCAAAAAGGAACAUACGUACAAGAUCGAGUGGAGCGAAGGCAUGAUCCGAUGGUCUGUCGAUGGUAAAGUUUUGAGAACUGUCCACGCUAAGGAUGUGGAGUCGGAUGGAGGUAUUCCUAAGAACCCGAUGCAGGUUCAACUGACGAUCUGGGAUGCUGGAUAUACACCCGUGACGAUGGACUGGGCCGGAGGGGAGACGAGUUAUGGUGUGGACGAUAUGGAUGAGUACGUCGCCGCCGUGAGCUCGGUCCAGAUUGCAUGUCACGACCCCAAGGAGGGCAACAGGCCCUGGCCUGGCCCUGAGGCAUCGAAGCGUCUCAAGUUGGCGCAGGCCAAGGCUGAGGCCGAUGCAAAGAAGUUCCGGAAGAUGAACAAGGGAAAAUAUGGACACAAGAAGGGAAUGUUUGCGAAUGCAAAGUCGUUCUUUGAGGCUGCAAUUCUGUCCUUGCUCAAGUGGACCUUUGUGCUUCUGGCGAUCAUCUGUGGUGCCGCCUACCUGACGGAUCCAAAGACGAAAUCCCAGAUGACGUCGUCCUCGUUGUCUGCGGAUAAACGCAGCCUUGCUACGACGAACUCGUAGGCGAAAGGAUCGUUUUCUAUCAUACGUUCACCAAUUUUUUUUUCUGUAUAUAUUGUAUAUAUUGGCUUUGUCUUCAACCUGAAAUAAACCAACGAUUUCUUGGGUACAGU